CUAUACUCUGCUUAAAGAGGUAUUUAUGUCUAGAGUAGAGCAAGGGAUAUAUCCACCCCUACUACCAGUAUUUAACUAUACUCUGCUUAAAGAGGAGGAAGAAUGGGAAAUAUGUUUUGUUUACCUUCUCCCCUAUCCUGAUCUACUCGAGGAGGUGGUACAGCAGCAUACUGUGCAUAGGAUACCUCUUCAUCUAAUAGGUUUAAGCAAGUGUUUAUCCCGCUACUAUAGCAGAGUCAAGGUUCUAAAAGAUCCUCUUCCACAGUUGAUCCCUAUCAUACAUUCUAGAAUACAAUUCUUACAGGAGAUUCAGAAAGUUUUCCAGUCAUCACUUUAUAUCCUUGGACUGCAACAUCUAGAUAAAAUGUAGUGUUGACACCCUAAACUGGCUCAUUUGGCAUGCACCGUUAUACGGCUCAUUUCGCACCGUAAAAUGGCUCAUGAGGCUCUGCAGGCGGGUCAUAAAGCUAUUCACUUAAUUGCUCUAUAAGCUUCUUAAACUAAAUUUAUGUAUGAUUGCAGGAAUGAAAGAAUGAAAGAAUGAAAGAAUGAAAGAAUGAAAGAAUGAAUUAAUUAAUUAAUUAAUUAAUUAAUUAUUGAAUAAUUUAAAAUCUAAGAAUAUUCUUAGUCCAAGCUUCACUUUGUGAUAAAAUCUUGUAAUGUAUUUUCUAGGUUUUCAAUCGAAUUAUUUUAGUAAAAUACACUAUUUACAACUGA